AAAAAUUCGACCAUCGUAAUGUAUCUAUGUUAUUGACUCUGAUACAAAACAGAAUUGUAGGCAUCACACGCGAAUAAAGCAUGCCAAUUUCAGAGAAUAACGGCGGGCUGGGAAAGGCUACCUUCUUCGUUUGGAUGGUUUGCUUACAGCAAACGAAUAUAGCGGCUCCGACGGCGUCAGCUUUUACAAUCCCCUUUCGUGUUUCACAUCGGCUGGCUGGCAGCGUGUCGCACCACCACGAAGCUCCAGCGCCGCACUAUCUAAGCCACCGACAAUGCGUAUCGAGAAACUGCCUUUUCCUGUCUUCGGAAGGGACUGCGUCGUCGGCGGACAAUGAGGUCAAGAAUUGGACUGUCAGGGUUCGGCUACGCCAAGCCACUGGAUUUUCUCUCACCGCAAUCCGAGCUACACUCCGUACUGCGACAGGUAUUUCCUUGACUACCGUUUAUGCUGGAACAGUGGCAGCAACAGGUGCUUGGAUUCGCCAGUCAAUGCGGUUGGUUUUAUCGAUAUUUCCAGCGUGGAUGCGUUACUUUGUCCAGCCUUUUUUGAUCCUGUACUACGUGCCGUUGUUUAUUUUACGAAAUCUGACUGGUCCGACACGAAAACGCGCUCUGGCAUCACAUGAGUUGGUUUUAGUGGGCUGGAAACGUGCUAUUGAAGAAGCAAAUCGCACAACCGCAGACUGGCCAGUGCACUUGAACCCCGACGGCUAUAUUGAGAAGGAAUCUGCCGACGUUGACUUGAAUAAAGCCGUUGCCGACUCCGUCGAACUGUCGGUCAAUGAUGAAAAGAAUUAAUACUAGCGAGACUGCAGCAGGUUGUGCCCGCCACUAUGUAUGAAUUUCCGAUCAAGAGAACCGGAAGUAAUUCGACUGC